AUGGCUUACACCGCCCUCAUUGCCAGCUUCUAUGGUGCCUUCAACGACGGAGGCUUCCUCAGUGAAUGCCCCAACAGCAUCAAUGCCCUCAAUGCAGCCUUUCCCCAAGCCUGCGAUCAGCAAGGACGAGCAGGAACUGCAUUCGCUGCGGCACAUGUACAAGGAAAUCAAAAACAAGUCCAAUUUGCCGGAGGACAUCAAGAAGGUGGUCCAGAAGCGACAGUCAGAAAGGUAGACGCCAAGACCCACAGCCAGUUGGUGUCACAGUUGAACAACAUGCGAAAUAAGCUCUCAGAGAUCGACGAACAAUGGGAAUCUUAUCGCCAACAAUGGGCAGAUUAUCUCGACAAAGCCACUCAAAUGUGGAUGUCACAUGUGGAGGAGUUCGAGAAAGGAGAGGCCCGGUUUGCAGAAAGGCGUGGAGAAGCGCUUCGCAAUCUUCAAACCACAAGGGAAGCUCUCCACGACGCUCAUCAGAGGACGAUGGGACAAGAUGUCCUCGCAUCGAACGACAUAGAUUCAGCUCAGGAAGCUUUGGAUGCUACUAUGACUGUGGGCGAGAACGACUCCACAGGGAUGCAGACAAGCUUUGCCCAGAUCAAAGAGAACCUCAAUGGUGUGGUGCAGCAGGUUCGCAACACUAUCGAGGAGAAGAUCAAGAAGCGAGAGCGCUCAAGAUCACGUGGACAUCAGGGCGAUGGCAGUGGAGAUCCUCCAGAUGUCGAAGUUGUGGAACCCGCAGACAAAAAGGCUCCAGAUACCAUCCAAGACCUCUACAAUGAGUUCCUCAACAAUGGCCUUGUGGAUGGGCCCAGCCUGGCGGAUGCUAUACAUUUGCGAUCUUGGUAUAUUCACCAUGUGCAUCAUAGUCAAUGUCUAACUUCAAGGAUUCUUGAACUGGACGGUCACUGGAGCACAUGGGCGAGAGACUUGGCUGCCGGUUGGGCAGACCUUGUCAGACCGGAUGAAGGCCUUGCUUUCUUCGUUUGUCAUCCUGAUCCUCCACGCGCCAAUGGUCAUUAUGAGCUCUAUUUUGAUCUGCUUUUGGUACAGGGCAUGGAUUUCCCAGCUUGGGCUGGUUUGAUCACUGUUCUUCGGGCGGAGGACCUCAUGGACAGGGCUGAUUUUGCACUCGCAGCCUCUUUGCCCAGAUAUGUCAGCGGACAACACCUUGCUGCCCAAGCCAAUCAGAUUCAACAAUGCCAUUUGCGCGGUUGCAGGAUCAGCUAUGGACGCCAAUUGAUCCCCUUCAACUUUGACCCGGUCCACGAGAUGACAAAUGGAGAUUCUUUUCUCAUCAAGCCCGAGAGGAGCCGUCCAAUUGGGUCUAUGCAAAAUGACGGACAGCAGGCAGACAAUCAACUGGAUUAUGAGGAUGAAGCACAAGAACAUGAUCUUCAACAUGACAGAGCUUCAGACAGCAGGUCCCAGUCCUCUGCUGGCACCUGGUCUCAAGCGGUGCACAUUUAUCGCCUUGGGCAUCUUGCGAUUUUUGGUCACCUUGACUGGAGCUCCUAUCACACUGCCCUUCGAGAUGCGGUGCAGAUUUCACGCAUUCCCAGAAAUUCCUGCGUUGGUUUUCAGUAUGUGCAGGUGCGACUGCCCGGUCAGCAAGUUGGGGAAGAAGCCAUUAUCUUGCAACACAUUGAUGACAUUGCGACAGGAUCCCUGGAAAAGUUGGUGAUCAUUGACAUUGUCUUCCACACCAACACCUUGUCGCGUGGAGUCCCUGACAGAGCCAACACAGUUAGGGAAGUUUACAAAGUGCAACAUCUCAUGGCUCGCAGUCACCUUUUGGCGCUGACACAUGUGGAUGCUUAUUGCACUUGGAGGCAGGACCAAUGCAUAGUUCGUUACAAUGAUCAACUUUGGGCACCGGGUGAUCCUCGACUGUUGCCAAUUGAUCAUGGAGCCUUUUUUCAGAUUCAACUGCCACCGCCCCCAAAUCCGGAUUGGGAUAUCGGCUUGGCUGUCAGAACGAUUCAGGAAACUGGCGAUAUCCUUGACUUCCCGGAAGCUGGUCAGCUUGCCACCGCCAUCUUGGAUGGGAGCAUUGAUGGCAACCGUAGGGCUUUUGGUGAUGGUUCUGUUGAUGGAGCAAGACUUGUCACUUGCAAGUGCAAUGAGGAUGAUGCAGAGAUUCCGGAGGACAUCGACAUCCCCAUGACGCUCCCACCAGGGACGAGCCUGCGUGGGCCUCGCCCCUCUCAUGAUGGUGCUCUUGACUGGCUUGAAGAUUUGGUUGCAGUUUUUCGACAGGAGGCAGAAGCGGAAACGAUUGAUGGAAGUCCUCUUCUUUAUGUGCCAACAUGGUACAUCCACCACCGUCGCCACAAACGCUGCCAAUAUCCUCGCUCAGUGAGAUUGGAUGGCGCCAUCAUUGGAUGGAUUGAAGAGCUGCGACAUGCUUGGAGUGAUGUUAUGGACAGUCCUGAUCGUGAUGCCAUCAUGCAAGCGGCUGCUUCUUUUCCUGACUUAGUGAACAAGCCAGUUGUCAUUGAAGCAGUGCAGCUGCAACCACAAUGUGAUCUCCGUAGAUGCUCGGUGACUGCGGGUGGGCUGCCUGUUCAUCUGAUAUUGCAAUCAGAGCUUCACAAUGGUUUCAACGUUUGCAUCAGAGUGGCCUCUGCCCUGGGGCUUGAGCAACGACCACAUCAACCCGGGUCUGCACCAGAUCCCAUUGAGCACUUUGAUGAUGUUGUCUUUAUGCAAAGAAGCCGGAGCACUCCAGUGAUUGCGAGUUCUUCAAGUGCACCAGGAACCAAUUGCCCGGAGCCCUUUGUUUUCAACCCGAAUGCCCAUAUAUUUGUUCCGGGACACAUCCCGAUUGAAGGAAUGGAUGAAUUUACACAAGACCUCCACCGGAUAUGGCUUGAAGAGUCAUUCAGCUGGGAAGGUGAAACACCAACUUGUCUCUUCACCACGUGGAUGGUAGAUCACUCUGGAGCUUUUCGACACUGCACACGACCAAGAGACAUACGCCUUGGUCCGGACUUUGCAGCUUGGGAAACCCAGAUCAGACGAGUUUGGGCGGAUGAACUUGUGGGCAAUCCUUUGCUUGAAUAUCACAUUGUCAGCCCCACUCCACCGAGAUUGGAGCGUCAGGUGGCUGGUCACAUCAUUAUUAUUCAGCAUGCAGAUGAAGCACUUGUCACGAGCCUGGUCUCAGUCAUUGACAGGACGCUGCGUGGACAAAAUGGAAGAGUUCAACGAAUGGCAAUCACCACUCCUGAGCACAUCCUUCUUGACACCCUUUUGGACGUGACGGGAUAUGCACAAGCAUGUAUCCCUGCCAACUCUCCUAGAGUCUGCAGAGCUUGGUAUUUUGAUGAAAGUCUUCGACUGCAUCGCCCACUUCCGGGUCGCAGUGGAUAUGGCAUCACUAUCAAUAUCCACUUGCGGACCAGGCCAGGCCCAGAGGCUACCAAUCUCUUGCAAGUUUCUGCAGUCACUUCAUCAGGGCCCGCUGAUGCCAUCGAGGGUGAGCGCCUAACACAGGGGCAGGUGGCUCACACCCCUGGGCCACCCCAGGUCCUGCAGCUGGAGUCACUCCUCUGCGCAGAAGGACAUCCUGCUGCACAUCCUUUGAGAGUGAUCAGAGGCCAUGAUGACAUUCCCCCUUUGCCGACCUUCAUUGAAGUUGGCAAGCCAAUUACGCCGGAAUCGGUUCAACAGGAACUGCAAUGCUAUGGUCAUGACUGUGCAAUUGAGCUUCUUGGAGAGGGAUCUUUGGCCAUGUGUUUUCCCAGGUCUUUGGCAAGAACUCAUGUGGAACACUCCCACUUUGUCUUCAUUGAAACGCAAGACUUUGCGCCUUCGAUUGAUCCCGUCUUCCAUUUGCAUUCAGACUCCUCACUGAAGAAGGACGAUUACCUUGGUAUGAUGCGUUUCCUUUACCAGAUGGGGCAUGAGAAAGCUGUCAUUCUUGCAACUAUUCAGCAUUGCCACAACCUGACUGAAGUGCAGUUUACAGUCUCGGUUGGCACCAUGGAAAACAAAGCGCAGUUGCCAAAACGCCCUUCUUCAUGGCCACCUCGACAACCCACUGGGGCAGUGGGUAAGAUGUAUGAUCCUCCAGCAACACAAGAGAGUCCGGAGUGUCUUUUGGAUUUGGGAGCGACCAGCGAUCAAUUGCUUUCAUUUUUUGAGCACUCCAACUUUUCUGAUCUUUGCACAAUCACAGAAGGCAUGGACUUACCAGCCACCACGGCGGAAGCCAUCACCUUGUUACAACCGUUGGAGCAUUAUGACCGGCUCAUCAUCUAUACUGAUGGCUCCUCACAUUCAGCCCAUUUGCGUUUGGCACCAGAGCUUGUGGAAGAGCACCACAUCCCUGAUGCCUGGUCUUUCGUGGUGCUAGGUGUUGAACUUUCAUGGUGGACCACAGUGCAGAAAUGUGAAGCCUCUCAAGAUGAUGGUGGCCUGCGUUAUGACAGAAACAAAAUCAAAGAUGGCAAUCUCAACCAGAUGCUGAACAACUAUCGUGUUGCGUCCUGGUCUACUGAUGUGGAGACACAGACCCAUGACCUCACCAAACAUAUUCAUGCCACACUUCAAACAGGAUGCCGACGUGAUCCUUCUCAGCCAAAAAAGGAAUAUGUUAGCUCUUUUGCGUGGGAGCUGCGACGGCAGAAGCUUUUCCAUCGCAAGCAGCUGAAGACAGUGAAAGCUCUUUUGGCACGUGAAACCACUGCACGGAUCUUCUAUGCAUGGAAAGGGGAGAAGGGAGACCUUUGUCAGUCUUCCUUUGCCUAUGGCUCCACAUUGAGAUGCGGGCUCUUCAAACACUAUGCGGGCUUUCGUGUGACUUCAUGGGGUUUGAAGAAGCAUCUGGAAAAGGACAAGGCCUUCAAGAUUGCUGAAGUUGUAGCCUCUUUCGAUGCAACUACGGCAGCCUCUGAGAUCCAGCACAAGAUGAAGGGCUUCAUGGGCAGCACAAACAAGCUACGACAGGGAUUAGCCCCUCUGCCUGCGGAGACCGCCAAGUUGCUGUAUGGCCUCUUGCUCAAGCUGGUCACCCAUGGUCAUGAACCGCUGAUCCACAAAGGGGGCACAGUUGUGCCCAUAUGGAAGGGGAAGUUGGCCAAGGAUACUUGUGAGGCAUUUCGCUCAAUCCUUCUUUCAUCCAAUCUUGGCAAAGUGAUCCAUCGGACACUGCGGGUCCAUCAGCGCAGUAUGUAUGAAUCCUUCCUUCAUGCUCAACAACUGGGAGGACGGCAAAAAGUUCCUGUUACCUUGGGAGCCCAGCAGCAGUGGUUUUGCCUGUACUGGUCGAAGAACGCGCCGGCAGCAGCGCAAGAACAGCACAGGGAGGCAGCGCCAGAGCGCUGCGACACCACCCUAAGAAAACGAGUAACCAAGCCGGAGGGUGGAAAGAAGAUGGAUAGUACGGACAGCAGCAUCCAACCUACUUUGCUCUUUGGCAGAUUCCCUACGACGGGUGAGAGCAGCAGUCACCCCAAGGAUUUCCCAUUGGUCAGUGACCAGGGCGGCAUCCACUCCGGCAUCCCGAAGGUCAUUGGAAUGAGUGAGAUUCUCAUGCACGAAGCCAUUGCCAGCGGCCAUCCAGAGUUGGAGGGCAAGAGGCCCCCACGGAUCCCCUUGGGGAGACGGAAGCAGCCGCGAUUUGUGCUUCAGCCUUUGGCCCGCACCCAGAGAUCACUUACCUUGGGAGCCCAUCAGACGAGGGCCUUUCUGCGUUGGCAACGGGAGCAAGGACACUCUACUGCGAUCCUAUUUGUGGACUUACAAGAAGCAUUCUAUCGAGUCCUCAGACAGCUGGCUAUGCCGGGGGAUUUCACGGACCUUGAGUUGGCACAGCUUGCUUCGAGAUUGGGUUUGGAAUCUGAUGUUCUACAUGAUUUGUGGUCGUUUUUGCAAGAACCACAUGCCCUUGAGCGCGCAAGUCUUCCGGCUUCGGCUCAGCGGGCUAUCCAAGCGCUCCACUCCAACACUCACUUUCAGCUGCCCAACCAGAAGGAUUUUGUGUCCACAUCAAUGGGUACUAGGCCCGGCGAUGCAUAUGCUGAUGUGGUGUUUGGAUUUCUACUCGCAAGAGUUCUCAAGGUUUUUGAGGAGGCCUUAGUAAGAGCGGAUGUUCUUUCUGAAGUUCCCACUCAAGAUGGGCCGGCUUUCUUCAAUCUGGAGGUGUCCCAGGCAAAAACUUCUCAGCGCUUCCUUGGCCCGGUUUGGAUGGAUGACAUGGCCCUCUGCCUUUGGGGAGCAAGCAACGAGGGGCUGCGCCGCAAGAUUGGAGUGGCAUCUAGUCUGCUCCUUGACCUCUUUCGAGGACAUGCCAUGACGCCUAACUUGCGCCCUGGGAAAACGGAGCUCAUGAUUAGUCCGAAAGGACAUGGGACAAGGGAGUGGCGCAAAGAGAUGUUUGGGCCUCUAUCCAAUGAGCAUUUUACGGCAGUUGGCGAAUAUGGACCUUAUCACAUUCAUCUCGUGACCAAGUAUGUGCACUUGGGAGGCGUCUUGCACCAUUCUGGAGAAGUUCGAUUGGAACUGAGCAGACGGGUUGCUUUGGCGCAUCAGGCUUUCAGCAAGCAUCGCAAGCUGAUUUACCAAAACCGUGCGCUAUCUCUGGGCAAGCGCAUGGAGAUCUUCAGAAGCUUGAUGCUGAGUCGCCUCCUUUACGGGUCUGACUCUUGGGUCUUGCACGAUAUCCUCACCAAGCACCGUGCACAUGUCGCCAUCAUGAAGCUCUACAGACGGCUGCUGGGAUGCGCCCAUGAGGAAGCCAUAUCAGAUGAUGAGGUGCUCUUCCGUUUGGGCAUGCCAUCGCACACGGUACUUCUACGUCUUGCUCGACUUCGAUACAUUGGAUCUCUUUGCAGCAUUGGCACCACUGCCUGCUGGGGCCUGCUCAACGAGGAUUGCAAAUGGAAACAGUUGGUGGAAGACGAUUUUGCAUGGCUUUGGCGCAACUUGUCCAACACCUGCAAAUUGGGUGACCCGGCGCUCCACAUGAGCCGUUGGUUUGAAAUUUUGGUCUGGCACCGCAGUUAUUGGAGAAGUUUGCUUCGACGAGCCGAAAAACAUGCUAUCCAACAACAUGCCUUGAAGUUUCAAUGCACCCAAUUUCACCUGAAGAUUCGUGACCUUCUUGUGGGAAAUGGAUUUUGGUCCUCGCCUAUUGCAUGUGCUCCAGAAGAUGAUUGCGAUCGUUGUUUUGGAUGCAUGCAUUGCCAGAUUCGCCUGAAAACCAAGGGCGGAGAGGGAGCUCACAUGUGUCGAGCACACAAUAAAGUCAACCCGAUCCGCUACUACAUAUCAGGGACGCAAUGCAUGGCGUGUCUCAGGGAGUAUCACACGGUGGGUCAGAUUCAGGCUCAUCUUCUUCGAAGCGAAGAGUGCCGAGCCUACCUCCUACAACAUCGCCUACGAGGACACGCACUUCCUGGCAUCGGUUCCAAGGAAGAUGUGGAGAGGCAGCAAAGCAUGGACGGCAAGCUACCGCCCUUACAGGCGAGUGGCCCGCUGAAGCCUCAACGUGGUGGAUUAGACCUCUCGCGGGUCGAUUGGGAUCUACACGAUGAACUGGCGUUGGCUAUCCUUGAUGCCCAACAGCAGACUGAAGCGGUGAACCUGAUGAGUCGCUUGAAACAGUCAAUUCUUCAGCAUGAGAUUGCCUGGACCUAUUGCAAGGUCACUCUUGGUGAACUUUUACAGACAGUCCAGGAUGAACCACAUGGAUGGGAUCUACUUCAUAAAGAACAUGUGAUUGCGACCAUUCGUGCUUUGUCUAUGCAGGAGACGUGGCCUUUUUUGACAAGACCUUGCACUCCCUCCAGUUUGUCUACGCCAUCUUUGGAAGACCUUGAGAAGGAGUGUGCGACUGGCUUGAUCAAUUGCCCUGAGGCUGAAGGUCACAGGAUUCCCCGUCCAUGUGGCAGACACCAGAUUGUUUUACAUGCCUUCAGUGGGAGGCGACGACGAGGGGACCUUCAAUUUUACAUGGAGGAGAUCUUUGACCGAUUCUCUGAGGGAGUGCACCUCACUGUCGUCUCACUCGACAUCAUGGUUGAUCGCAUCCAUGGAGACGUUACUUCGGAGCAGACACAGCAGUUUUGGUUCUCCCAUGCUUCGAGUGGUGAGGUUGCAGCAUUCCUUUGUGGUCCACCAUGUGAGACAUGGAGCAAGGCGCGUUUUGCCAACUCAGCUCACCAAGCUCAUGGACCCAGACCUGUCCGAUCUGCUCAGGAGUUGUGGGGCCUUUCGUCACUCAGCCUACGUGAACUUGCGCAGGUGACCGUGGGCAAUCAUCUUUUAUGCUUUUCGCUGGAGAUGUUGUUUCGUUUGGCGAUUGUGGGUGCCCUGGGAGUGCUGGAACACCCGGAAAUGCCGGAUGAUGAGCACAUGCCAUCCAUUUGGCGCCUGGAUGUGAUGAAUUGGCUUCACCAAAUGCCGGGCGUGCAGUCCUUCAGUUUCAGUCAGGGUCUUCUAGGAGCACCUUCGCCGAAACCGACGCGUCUCCUCGUCCUCAACAUGGACGGCCUUAUGAGCGAGCUCCGAAGACACCAUCUUUGUGCUGACCUGCCGCGCAGAUCGGCCAUCGGCAAAGAUGCCGAUGGCUUUUGGAAGACAGGAGUGCUCAAAGAGUACCCGCCGGCAAUGAGUCGAGCUCUUGCCAUCCAAUUUUGCCGAUCACUGUCAGCUUGCCCUUUCGAUGCAUCGGUGCAACUCAGUGAAUCCUUUGUACAGCAAUGCAAGGCCAUGGACGUCAAAGUAUAUGGCCAAACCAUCGGGCAGGACUUCGCACAUUAG